GGAUGCCUUCGGAUGACCGGCUAGUGACAUCCACUAAAGCCACGGAGUAAACGGCCACGGCACCGUUUUAAGACCUCUCUCUCUUACUCUCUAUGGCAUCUUCAACGGCCCUACUGCAUAUUUCUGCGCUUUUUUCCUUAGCCCCUUUUGACUCUUUUCCGUUCUACGAUCAUAGCCGGCCGGUUUGGCUUCGAUCGGCUUUUACUGUAUAUUUGAUUUUGCAUACGUCGGGCACUAUCCUCGCAGAACCCUCUUUGAACUUCCACAACUACUACUGGAGCAUGAAUGAGCCGGUUUGAGCAUUACGUUUCAAAGACUAGAACGGCUGUCGGAUAACAUAAGUUUCUUUUUGGAGACUUGCAAGACAUGGGCGUUUUUUCUCUCUUAUUCUUUUCUUAUUCCGUUUUUUUCGUUUAUUCUUUUAUUGUUACAAUGGGUGGUGUGGAACUGGGACUCUUUCGAAUUGCAUAUGGUUAAAAAAGUGUAUUGGUAGGAUUAUGUGUGUAUGUAUCCAGGGGCGAAGAAGGGAGGGAAGAAGAGAGGACGGGAAAAAAAUGUUGAAUUAGGAGCAACUACCGCAUGGCCCCAGCUGAGCAAGGAUGCAGUUUCAGCAGCACUCAACGGCGGUGUAUGCACAUGAUGUUUUACUGGAUUGGUUUUGCACGGCAGCACAAAGCAGGAUUUACUAGUGUUGAUAUUUUUGACGAGGCAGCUGUGAACAAGCGAAAUAAAAGGCUGUUGGGUCCAU